AUGUCCUCUGCCGCCUGUAUCUUCUGCAAAAUCAUCAAGGGUGAUAUCCCUUCCUUAAAGCUCUUCGAGAGUGAAAAGGUCUUUGCUUUCCUCGAUAUCCAGCCACUGAGCCGUGGCCAUGCGCUCGUCAUUCCCAAGUUCCACGGCGCUAAACUGACUGAUCUCCCCGACGAAGACCUGGUUGAGAUUCUGCCCGUUGCAAAGAAGAUUGCCAAGGCUAGUGGUGCCGUUGAUUUCAAUAUCCUGCAGAACAAUGGCCGGAUUGCGCACCAGGUUGUUGAUCAUGUUCACUUCCACAUGAUCCCAAAGCCCAACGAGGAGGAGGGUUUGGGCAUUGGCUGGCCCACCCAGGCAACAGAUAUGGACAAGCUCAAGGCUCUCCACGAGGAGAUCAAGUCGAAGAUGUAA